GGUCCGCCUCCCAUAUUCAGACACACAGCACUUCAUUUUUCCAGUUGAAAAACAAAAAAAAUUCUUAUAAGCGUCGCUCUCUCGUCGAACUCAAAAUUUUCUCACAAACAAAUUUCUACGAAGCUACUUGGUCUUUGAAGUUGCAUGACGAGCGCAUCGGAGUUAUUUUAUAGCAGGAGGUCUCGUUUAGGACGUGAAGAAACUGAAUUAGGAUUUGGUUCUUCUUUAUCUUCUCCUCUUGAUAGAAAUUAUCACUUGAAUCAUGGCCGUCGGAGAUAUCAUUAUCGUCAACAACAACAGCGUCGUGAUACCACCGAACAUCGACCUCCACACUUGAGGCAGCAUCUCUGCGAUCGUGAACAUGAUUCAAUUCGAACUGAAAAUGCUACCAGUCAACCAGGUACAAGAAACAGUAGAAGCAUCGAAGUUUUGCAUAAUAGACCCAAUCGGCUGACUUCUCCUCACAGUGAUCAAUUACCUGGAGCAGUACUACUAGCCAGGGAAAGGCUUGUUGAGAGACUUAGAGGUGUAUCCAUCGCAGCGAACAGACAAAAUAACAGGCUUUCAUCUUGGAUUUCUUUGGAUGAGUCCUCCUACCCUGAUGACUUAAGGCACACUGAUGCAGCGGAUUGGGAUAUUCAAACAUCAAGGGAGCGGUUAGCUGAAGUCAGUAACCUGUUUCCCGACUCAUCUACCCGAUCAUCAUCAGUACAAGUUUCAAAAUCAAAGACGGCGACAGGACUCAGCUCAGAAGAGGUGGAUAGUCUACCACAAGAAUUUUUCAGCACUGAAGUAGAAUCUGAAGUUAUUUCAGAAGCAGUAGAGUGUAGUAUAUGUCUUGAGAAGUUUGGGGAGGGUGACAAGUUAAUUUGCCUGCCUUGUAGGCAUCGCUUCCACUUGGCAUGUUUAAAUCCAUGGGUUCGGAAAUGUGGAGACUGCCCAUAUUGCCGAACACCUAUAGGUCAUCAUCAUAAACCAAUAAAUUAAGUACCAUCCAGUUCUUUCUGAAAUGUUGUAGUACUACUUUUAACUAAUUUCUUCCCCCUUGGACAGUUUGGUAGUUGUGAGAUGUCAGCUUAUUUAACCGUUGUUUGUGUGAUGUGUAUAAUAAGAAGCUGGCACUUCACUGAUUUUCCUUGUUCUAGGUUCAGCUUUGAUUAGAGUUGUCUUGGAAAAUUCUCUCUGGUGGGGUUGUGGAAUCUAAUGGUAAGAGUUACGUGAUUGUGAA